GUGGGUCCUGGGUACUCUAGAUAAGUUAGUUUAAUGUACUACCUUGGAGCACGGAGUAUUCAAUGAUUCCCCUAGAUAAGUAGUUCCAUCAGGAACCUUUCUCCUCCAUCGAUCCUCCCUUUCAUCCCACGAUACCUAAACAAUGUGCACACUGUCGAUCUCGAGUGCACUAAGCAAAUGACACCCCCUCUCGACAUCAGCUUUCACCACUAGGGAAUAAUUCCCGUGACACACAAGCUAUUUUUUGAAUUCGCAUUUCCCUGUCUCUACGAUUUGAGCGAUAUUUUUGAGGUCGUCAAUUCGGACGGUACAGGUUCUUAAUGAUGGAGAAUAAUAUUUCUGGGCUAGUUGAGAGAUUGGGGAGUGACGAAGAUGCAGUGCGGAAAAUGGCAGUUUUCAAACUUCAGAGUAGCAUUGGUGACCCUUCGUUUGCGGAUAUCUUUAUUGCUGAAGGAGGCUUAACUCGACUACGCUCCUUAACCUUACAUGCUAGUGGAAACACGCUGGCAUAUAGCCUCACAAGCCUUGCCAGAUUGUUAGAAGUGGACAAAGGAUGGGAGUUCGUCGAUCAAGAAGUGGUUGAAAGAAUUGUCGAACUUAUAGUGACGCAUCCCUUGGUCAACAUUUUGCGUGGUGCAAUGUCUAUCCUGGUUUCAAUUGUUUCACAUCCUCAUACAGGUGACCGCUUGUCGCAAAAUGGGGCGUUCGGUUUUCGUGCUUUGAAACCGGCGAUCGCUAUCUAUCCGCAGUUUUUGGAAAUGCUUGUCAGUAGGCUUUCGUCAGCUGACCAUGCACUUUGUGCCAAUGCGCUCCAGCUUAUCAACUCACUCAUGCGUGAUUCUAUCACGAACGACUCCGAAUUAGAAUGGCCCAAGUUCAUCCAAAGGCUCCAGGACCUUGGCGUGAUUCGCGCAGUUUAUGCCCUCAUGCAAGGUAGCGCAUUGCAGGAUCUUGCACAUCCUCUGAUUGAGUUUCAAUCUCUAACCAAGGUCCUUCUGAGAAAAUGGAAAGAUAUUGCGCUGGAUCUAGAAAAGCCAGAGCAUAGAAGAGCACUCAAAGGGAUACACUUGGCCAGUAACAGUGAACGAAAUCUCGAAAAUGGGGUUGAGAAUGAUAAUGAGGCACGGCGUUCAAAAAGACACAAUCCGGAGAAAUGGCGCCGGCUGGGAUUCGAAUCGGAGAGUCCAACCAUGCAAUUCGAAAGCAUGGGCUACCUAGGAAUGAUGGAUGUGGCAGAUUAUAUCCGAAACCACCAAGAUGAAUUCCAGAAAUUGCUGUUAGAACAGUCAACCAAGCCGACAAAACAGCGGUGUCCUAUUGCCCGUGCCUCUUUGUCUGUCACGCAAAUUUUAUACGAACAUUUUGAAGUUGAUAAAUCGGAGAUGGAGGAUGCCAAAAGUUACUUGAUAUUGGAGUCUCGCGCUAACUUAGACAAACUAUUCAAGCCUCUACUGUUACAUUGGACCCGCCUACACGUUGCAGGUUUACAUGCCUUUUUCCGUUUGUGGAAGGUCACAGGCGCAGAGGUGGAAGACUAUGAGAAAAUCGUGGAGCUUGUUCGCAUCCUCGUCGAAUCGGUUGUUGGAGGAGCGCCACGAACAAAGGAUGUACAUGAUGUGGAGGACGAACUAGCAGAUUUCGAAUAUACUCGGCUUCGCGAACUACAAAUGGAGCUUCUGGAGCUUACAUACGAAGACGUUUGGGGACAGCAUUUGCGACAAGUGCGCGAAGAAUUACACCAUGAAGCCCUACAGUUCGUCAAGGAACAGAGAAUCAGGUGCCUACUGCAAGGCGCUUGGUUUCCUAAUGAAAACAGUCCUAAGGUAGACAUGGCGGCUCCAGGAGAUAUCGGUUGGAAAUUUGUGCAGCUCUCACAUAACCGAAGAUUCCUACAUUUUGGAUAUUUUGAUGGCGUUAGAAAAGAAUACCCAGAGCUUGACGUACUUCCAGAGAAGCUCGAUCUUUCAACUGUGUCCUCAGUAGUAUCCAACGUCUCAGCAACAUCUGAUGGCUCCUCGUCUUCGACAGUAAAGAGUAUGAUACAUCAUACUUCUACCACCAAGAUUACUAUUUAUGGUUAUGCCCAGUCGGGCCCAUCUGCGGAGAAUUAUGGGAAGAAUAACGGCCAUACACGUUCCACCAGUAAAGCGACUCAUAGGGAAGCAGUUUUAUUGAGCCUGCGGCCCCAAUCGCCAAGCAUCGCAUCAGAGUGGCUUGACGGUUUGCUUAUGCUUCUAAAUCAACAACCCAUCACAGCGGAGACAAGCAAAUUGAUAAAGUUAGUGAGCGACUACGGACUUAAAAUCCGGUUACUAAAUGUUAGGUUUGAUGAUGGGGUAUUUACUUGUGAACCUCCAAAUGUGCCGUCACGAGAGGGUCUGGACGAUGAUUAUUAUUAUGAUGUGUUUGGGGGGGCUUAGGAUACAUCUCAUGGUAGUCUUGCAGCAUACCACUAUUGUAAAAUCUAGCCUAAUAGGAUAUUUAACCAGAUUGUUGGGUGCUUGA